CGGAAGUCAUGGUUCACUCUGGCCGUCUUUGUGACUCCCGGUGUGUGUGCUUGUGUGUGUGUGUGUGGGAGGCAGUGGAGAACGGGAAGCAGGAACCCAAAGGGGAAGAAGAACCUAUAAUGAGACCGUUCCUGCUGCGCUCCUCGCUCGGCUGCCUGGUGACAGUUUUCGGCUCGUCUUCUGGUUCUCUAAACAAACUGGUCGCACAAGCAGCAGCCGUCUCUCACCUUUAUUAUUGCAGAAAAACGAUGCACUAUCAAACGGAGCAGAGAGGACACCCCAAUUCUCCCGACUUCCGGAUAUAUUUUAAAACAAAGGAAGGAAAUUACAUUUCACCAUUCCAUGACAUUCCCCUAACAGCAGAGAAAGAACAGGAAAAUGAUGUGCCAGCUAAAAAGGCCAAGCAGAAUGAGAGUGAGGUGCUCUAUAACAUGGUAGUGGAGGUACCGCGAUGGACGAAUGCCAAAAUGGAGAUCGCAACAAAGGAACCACUGAACCCGAUCAAACAGGAUGUAAAGAAAGGAAAGCUUCGCUAUGUCGCUAACAUAUUUCCCCAUAAAGGCUACAUUUGGAAUUAUGGGGCUCUCCCACAGACAUGGGAGGACCCGAACCACACCGACGCAGACACAAAGUGUUGUGGUGAUAAUGAUCCCAUUGAUGUCUGUGAGAUCGGCUCUCUGGUGUGCUCUCAGGGUCAAGUAAUCCAAGUGAAAGUUCUUGGCAUUUUGGCCAUGAUUGAUGAGGGAGAAACGGACUGGAAGGUCAUCGCUAUCAAUGCUGAGGAUCCGGAUGCCAAAAACCUAAUAGUGGGUCAUAUGAACAACAUAGAGGAUGUUCGCAAGAGCCGACCUGGUCAUUUAGAGGCCACUGUUGACUGGUUUAGGAAAUAGGUGCCUGAUGGAAAGCCUGAGAACCAAUUUGGGUUCGAUGGACAAUUCAAAGAACAAGGUACCGAGACCCUUCGUGACUUUGCAGUUCAGAUCAUUAAGUCCACCCAUGAGCACUGGAGGGCACUAGUGCAGAGGAAGACCAAAAGUGGAGGAAUUGAAUGUCAAAAUACCUCCUGCUGUGAUAGCCCUUUUACUUUCAGCUCAGAAGAGGCCAGAGGUUUGGUCCAAUCGGCGCCUUCAUUUGGCAGCACUCCUGUGUCUCCAGAGGUGGACAAGUGGCAUUUUGUCUGAAGGCCUGUAUUUAUCAUUGAAGCCAACAAAACUCCUUCAGCAUUGAAGCGGGUGCAUCUUUAAUGUGCUGCUGGAUUUCUGAGUAUACUUUUAAUGAGUUAGUAGAGAUCUCUACUUUGUCAUGUGUGAGACAAGACAUGAUUUUUUUUUUAUGUCGUGUUUAACGCCUUAUUGGUUUUCUGUUGAAUUCAAAUGUCGUGGUUAGCCACCAACAAACACCCUUUCUACCAAGGUGAAAAUCAUGUAAUGAGUUGCAGCACUUUUAUAGCUUAUGUCCAGGUCAAACCUUGUAUAAGACUGAAAGUUAUGCUAUUAUACUCUAAUUUUCCUUUAAGGCUGUUUUCAGUUUUGUUGUGAUCACAAACAACACAUUUUGUAAAAAGGUACAUUGUUCUGUUUGGGCAAAUAAAAAGAAACGUGGGAAAAAGACA